UAUGUUUUUAUUUUAGAUUUAAAUUGUUCAUUUACAGCUUAAAUUUUAGUUAAUUGCUUUUAACCAACGUUUAAUAGUUGAUGACUGGCGCCUCAAGAAGGAAAGCUGGGAAAGCUACAGCUGGAUGUACGCGCGGUGCGCGCCAUUUUCAAUCGCGAGUUUGGGAUGUAGACAGUCCAUUGACAGUCAUCUCUUAUUUUCCGCUUCUACCAGGUAGGAAAAAAACGAUCCGAUGGUCGACAGACUGGACGGAAAUGAAGACUCAACCUUGUCGCUUCAGAGGCCUAGUGCAGGCAGUUCCCGAAAUUUUCGGAAACCAGAUGUACGUCCUGAUGACGUUCAAGGAUUCAGACAACGUCGAACGUGCUGCUCCGGUUAUCAUCGUAGAUGACACGGUACUCUGUCAACAAACAAACAAAACAAAAAAACUGGGAUACGGUCGAGAAAAUGAAGUCUGAAUUUUCGGCCUGCGUAGACACAGCAUAUGCGCUGAUAAAAAACUGCGAAUCAGAUGCUAGUGGUGGUGGCGGAAUCUUGUAUCUUUUGAUUCAGGUAAUGUCACAAUCCCAAACUUGAGCAAACUGCCGCUAGCGUCACGUUUUCUUACAGUUUCAGCUUGCUGCGAUCAUAUUUUAUUUAGAGUAGAGCUAUACGCACGAGCUCGUGCACCUUGGUCGGAAAUGGCUAUACGCACAUCGCAAAACUCUUAUAAAAUGAAUGGUUACAACGAGUUUCCGAAGCAGCAGCGUAGCUUAGUGGAAAGGUGUCUGCUUUAUAUGCAGCGGACCCCAGUUCAAUCCACAGAGUGGGCUUACUUGUUUUGUUUUUUUCUCAAACAUUUUGUUUUGGCGAUAUUUACGACAUUUCUUUUUUACAAUUAACACUGAAAAAAAAUAGUGUUGUCGGCGAAACUUUCUUUGAACUAAAUGGUAUAAGCCGCCUGCUUUGCCCAGGAGGCGCUGUGAAAAAACCGGCUGGCAGCGCCCCCUACUAUUUGUUCAGCGGUAUUGGGUAGUACAAACUUACAAACCUAUGCAUCUGAAUUUGUCCCGCGUGAAAACGUUAGCCUGCGGUAUGAAUUCCUUCCUAGCGAUUGUCUUGCGGCUCGGAAUCGAGUCAAUUUCUAACGUGGAAAGCUUCUUUUGUUCCUCAACACUUCCCAAAGAGAAUAAACUCAGCGGUGCAAGUUACGUCUACGCCAUACAAAAAGCUACAAACUUGGUGUCGGCGUGGUGUCACUCGCAAAAACAGCGAGCUUAUGAUGUCAAGCUUGAGGCUUGGGGGCAAGUGGCCCUUUCCCGGGGGACCCUGCAACGGCUUGGCCUACGGCGCUCCAAGCGCCUGGCACUGCUGCGUCGUCGACAAGAUCGAGGUCACGCUCAGUCCCACGUGUGACCGUUGUGGCAGACGCAAGACGUGCACCCCGUCCUGUCGCCCCCUGGGGUCCGAGCCGCGUGCCACGGCCACGGCCCGGUUUCAAGCCAACUCCUGGGGCGGGUGCGUGGCCGCGUGUCAUGGCGACCAGGUCCGCAAGCUCUUGAGUCUUCCGGAGUCGCUAUGGACGCCCUUGCUUCGACGGGUCUUUCGGUCGGGAUCACCGUGCCAGUUUGCGUCCAAGAAGAAUCCGGCAGGAACCCUCGCACACUGCCCUGUGCCUAAGCUUCUGUUAGAAGAGGCGCUGGACAAAUGGUGCAAACGCCCCGCACUCUUGCGGUGCGUUGGCCUCGCUUCCACCGAGUACCGAACGAGGGCGCCAUCUGUCGCAAAUCGGGGGUACCAGCAAGCUGAGGCUUUGGGCGCCGUCGUGGAGAUGCAAAAAGGUUUAUUGGCUAUCUCAACGGCAACAGGUACAAAAUCCAGUCAAAAACUGCUGGACAAGAGACAUCCAUAA